AAACUGAACCCAAAUGUCUUUUGUUUCAUGGCCAGUGAGGAAAAGAUGACUGCUGCCCGUGUCAGGAAGUGCCACAAGUGUGCCACAGGUCUAGUGAAGUCGGAGGGCUGCAACCGGAUGUCGUGUCGCUGCGGCGCGUUCAUGUGCUACCUCUGCCGGGAGCCUAUUAACGGCUACAACCACUUCUGCCAGCACGCUCGCUCACCUGGUGCCCCCUGCCGACACUGCAAGAAGUGCUCACUGUGGACAGACCCCACGCAAGAUGAUGAGCGAAUCAUUCAGGAGAUUCAGAAAGAAGGUGAAGCAGAGUUAAAUAAGAAGACCAGUCAGUCAGAAACCACAGGGAAGAGAGUGGGACCUCCCCCCGAGCCCAUCCCAGCGAAGCGCCCUCGGGUUACACCACAGGUCCCUAACGCAGCUCCUCAGGCCGUACGUGCCCCCCUGCUCAUCCCCCAGGUCAUGCUGCCUGGGCCGCAGCGUGUUUUCCUUCAGCCCAUUCCAGCCCCCUACGUGCCCCCGUUGCCCAACCUCCCCCCAGUAAAUUACAACCCACGUAACCUGAACUUUGACUUCAAUAUGCCUAUGCACUAUGGACCACCGCAUCGCUUCUUCAGACCUCUUUGAGGACACCAUGGUACAAAGCGCCACAUUUGAACUACUAAAAAAAAAAUCCAGGCUUCUGUCUUAACUGUUAGCCCUUGCUGUUUUUUUUCUACGUAUUUUGUAACAGGACCCAAACAGAUUUUCUGGAGUUUUAAGGAUGCCUGUUGGAUUUGCUUGUUUGUUGAAAGGUAUUUUUGAACAGCAUACAGAGUGAAUAAUAGGAACGCCUGUUAGUUUUCAGUUCAAUAAAACAAAGAACUUGAUGGAAAUGUAAAGGUUGUUUGU